AUGGCUGCAGCUUUUCAAUAUUUCCUUCUAAUCCUAGCCUUUCUGAAUACAUGUGCAUCUCAGCCUGUCUGUGUGCCAGGAUGUACCUGCUCAGAGGAGAGUUUCGGCAGAGCUCUGCUGUGCGUAUCUAUUUCUUUGGGGAAAAUUCCAGGCAACCUUCCUGAAGAGUUCAAGCAAGUGCGAAUUGAAAACUCACCCUUAUUUGAACUCUCCCGAGACUCUUUCAGCAACGUGAGCACCUUGGAAUACCUCUGGCUCAACUUUAACAACGUCACCGUGAUCCAUUCAGAAGCCCUGGACCACUUGCAGGAACUCAGAGAGCUGAGGCUGGAGGGGAACAAGCUCCAGUCAGUACCGUGGACAGCGUUCCGUGCCACUCCUCUCCUGAAAGUCCUGGAUCUGAAACACAACAGGAUCGAUGUACUUCCAGAGCAGGCUCUUCAGUUCCUGGGCAACCUCACCUAUCUUGACCUGUCCUCCAAUAGGCUGACUGUUGUAUCCAGUAGUGUCUUCGUGAACUGGAUGACCUACCAGAAACACUGGCAUCCUGCAUGUGGGGACAGCAUUCUCUCCAGCAUGGUGCUUGCACUGCACAACAACCCCUGGGAAUGUGACUGUCGGCUAAGAGGACUUAUCCAGUUUGUCAAGUCCAUUAGCUUCCCCAUCAUCCUGGUGAACUCCUACCUGAUAUGCCAGGGCCCGCUCUCCAAGGCAGGACAGCUUUUUCAUGAAACUGAGCCCAGUGUUUGCAUGAAGCCAAAGAUCUCAACCCCCAGUGCCAAUUUCAGCAUCCAGGCAGGACAGAAUGUGACCCUACGGUGCUUGGCCAAGGCCAGCCCUUCACCAACCAUUGUGUGGUCCUACCCCCUGAGCAUGUGGAGAGAAUUUUCUGUGCUGACCUCGUCUGCUGCAGAAGACGCUGUCCUGUCUGAGCUGGUCAUUCCAACUGCGCAACCAUUGGACAGCGGCAACUACACCUGCGUGGCUUCCAAUGCCCUCGGGCGCAGCACCCUGGCCAUCCCCCUGCACGUCCAGCUGGCCUGGGAGCCACCCGCAGCCUCUGCUCCUUCCACAUCCCAUGUGGAGCUGCGUGUGGCCCAGCACACAGCACACGGGGUCCUGCUGGAGUGGCUUGCAGUGGCCCGCACCCCCAAGGAGCAGGGCUUCACACUCCGCAUUGCCUCGGAUGAAGCUAGCCGGAAGGAAGUGGUGCACCUUGGGCCAGGCAUCCACUCCUACGCCGUGGACGACCUUCUUCCUGGCACCAAGUAUGAGGCGUGUCUCAGCCCAGGCAGCCACAGCCCCCGCCCUCGCCAGGGCCCAUGUGUGGUCUUUGUGACUGGCAGUGUCAGUGGUGCUCCAGAGGGCCGUGAAUGCCUGCUGCAUGCCACAGUGGUGCUGUGCGCCGUGCUGCUGGUCGUGCCUGUGGGUGCCUAUGUCUGGGCAGCCCAAGGUGCCUGCAGCUGGUGUCAGAACUGCUGUCCUCACCGCAGGAGACCCCCCAGGUGCCCUAGAGCAAGGCCACCAUGCAAAAAUGGUUCCUUUAGAGACCACAUAGCUGUCUAUGAGGAUGGCCAGGGACCUACAGAGCUGCAGGGGGAUGGGGAAGACCACAGCUGA